UGGAGUCAACUAACUUCUCAUACUCCAGCUGAAUAAACCAGCUCACAAAACGAAAUGUAAAGUCACCACACAUUGAAUUGCAGCUCCUCUCCCUACACAACCUCCAGUAUAAUUGCCCUGGUUAAUCCACCCUGUUGGCACUAACUUCCCUGGCUGAAUUCCCCCUGUCAGCAUCCCUUUCCCUGGCGGGUGUCUCCCUGUCUGCAGCCCUUCCCGUGUCGCUUCACCGCCCCGAUGUGCUGCCGGUCGGAGGGGGUGGUCGAACCUGCUCAGGCUCCGAAGGCGGAACCUUUCUUCAGGGCUGCGGGGGCAGACAGUCCGCUUUCCCAACGAGUCAGAGUGAUGGCGGCGGUGAGGGUAGCUGCAGCGGGACAGCUGAGGGUUUUACUGAGGCAGUUGAUCCAACCUCAUGGCUUUUCCAAUGGACCCUGGAGAUCUGUUUGCACAGCAUUUAAGGCGGCUGAUUUGCAGAUUGAACUCACUAAACAGCCCAAGGAGAAGCCCGACAGCAACAGCCUGGUGUUCGGCAAGUCGUUUUCAGAUCACAUGUUAACAGUGGAAUGGGACCUGGAGAAAGGCUGGAGCAAACCCCACAUUAAACCUUUGCAGAACUUCUCAUUUCAUCCAGCGUCUUCAGUUCUGCAUUAUUCUAUAGAGCUGUUUGAAGGAAUGAAGGCUUUUCGUGGCAUAGACAACAAGAUUCGCAUGUUCCGACCUGACUUGAACAUGGUGAGGAUGCACCGGUCAGCAGUCAGAGCCUGUCUGCCAGAAUUUGACAAGGAAGAGCUGGUGGAGUGUAUUCGGAAACUAAUUGAAGUUGACAAAGAAUGGGUCCCAUAUUCUGAUACAGCAAGUCUCUACAUCCGACCCACCUUCAUUGGCACAGAGCCUUGCCUUGGGGUGUCUCCAGCUAAUCACGCCCUACUCUUUGUUAUCAUUGGGCCUGUUGGACCCUAUUUUGCCACUGGAAGCUUCAACCCUGUCUCAUUGCUUGCUGAUCCCAAGUUUGUGCGUGCUUGGAAGGGAGGUGUGGGUGACUGCAAAAUGGGAGGUAAUUACGGCCCCACGAUUUACGUUCAGAAGGAGGCUCUGAAACAAGGCUGCCAGCAGGUGCUGUGGCUCUAUGGAGACAAGCAUGAGAUCACAGAAGUGGGGACCAUGAACAUCUUCAUCUACUGGAAGAACAAGCAAGGCGAGACGGAAUUGCUCACUCCUCCUGACGGUACGAUCCUUCCGGGCGUCACUAGGCAGAGCUUGCUGGACCUGGCUCGACAGUGGGGUGAGUUUAAAGUUUCAGAGCGAGGGAUAACAAUGCCUGAACUAGUCGAAGGACUGCGAGAGAAUCGAGUAAAGGAAGUCUUUGGUGCCGGUACAGCCUGCGUCGUGUGUCCGGUCAAUCGAAUCCUUUAUCUGGACCAGAACUACCACAUCCCCACCAUGGAAAAUGGCCCAGAGCUAGCUAAAAGGUUCCAAGAAUUGACGGAUAUUCAGUACGGUCGGACAUCCAGUGAGUGGACAAAGCUGGUCAUCUGAACAAUGGAAAUCUGGUUCCCAGUCCACACAGCCCUGAGCCAGAAACAACUCAGUCUGCACUGGGGAUGCUUUCAAUUCUUUGUGUUGCUUCUCAAGGGAGUAUCUUGGAAACUUUAUUAAUCUUGUAUGGUUGUAGAAUUAGUCCAGAAAGUGGAUUCAGUGGUGCUAUCUUAUCUUAGAUUCUUUGGUCUGCCUAAGUAGCCUUUAUUUUCAUAUCAAGUAGGUUGCUGCUCUUUAUGGAUGUUCCUUGCUGCAACUUAAAUAGUAAUUGAUAUCAAUGACUCUCCAAAUGCUCUUGAGACCCAUAGUCCUUGGAGAUGAUUGUUGCUUUGAACUGAGAAGCUGAUGAUGUUGGAGGAAAUCGGUCACGCAGGAAGAAUGAGAGUGUUUAGUCCUCAGCUCCUGUCUGCUGGUUAUAAUGAUCGUAAGUGGAAACAGAAAAUGCUGGGAACCCACAGCAGAUUUGCCUGGAAACGAUGAAUUAAUGGCUUUGGUCUGUGCUGUUGAACUGAUUGGUUAACGUUGUCUUUCCUUCAGGCACCUGUCAACUGCUGAGCAUUUUCUGCAUUGUUGAAACAUUGCAGUUUCUCAUUUUACUUCUCACUGACUACAUCAACUGGAGCUGUCUGACUCUGAAGGGGCGGCACAGUGGCACUGCUGGCAGAGCCGCUGCCUCACAAACCAGAGACCCGGGUUCAAUCCUAACCUCAGAUGCUGUCUGCGUGGAGCUUGCAUGUUCUCCCUGUGACCACCUGGGUUACCCCUGGGUGCCCCAUUUUCCUCCAACAUCCCAAAGAAAUGUGGGUUGGUAGGUUAAUUGUCACAGUAAAUUGCCCCUAAUGUGUAGGUGACUGGUAGAAUCUAGGGGGAAGUUGAUGAGAAUGUGGGGAGAAUAAAAUGGGAUUAAUGUAGUAUUAGUGUAAAUGGAUGGUUGGUGGUGGGCAUGGACCUGAUGGGACGAAGAUUCCAUGCAGUAUAAUGCUUUGACUAUGAAUCUCUGGGCUGUGCUGGGUCAGAGUCCUAGGGGGUUUGGGGAUAGGCGUAGCAUAGUGAUGGUUCAUUCUCCCGGCUCAGCUGAAUCAGUCAGCCUAACUGCAUUUCACUAAAGUCCCAUUGCCUCAAAGAUCAGCAUUGCCAGAAUGUCAUUGUGACAAAUUGAUUUUUUAAAAAUGUAUCCAUUUAUGGGAUGUCGAACAAAGUGGCUUGUUAGGUCAUUUCCGAGUCAGCUACAUUACUCUGGUCUGGAGUCACAUACAGACCAGACUGGCUAUUGGCGAUGGAUUCCCUUCCUUGAAGGCCAUUAUUGAACCCAAUUGGUUUCUACAACAGUCCAAUAGCUAUGUGGUCAUCAUUACAAAGAACUUAAAUUCCACCGGGUGGGAUUUGAACUUGGGUCUCUCUCGGGUUGGUCCAGACCUCUGGUUUACCAGUCCAGGUCAUUUAACCAUUGUUCUAAUCAAUGUGUUCCGUACGUGUUCAUAAUGGCUGUCUGAAUGCACAAAACAAGUGUGUUUGUUCUGAAUGAUAAAGAAUUGGAGCAAAUCAGUAUCAUGCGCACAAUGGAAGUCAUGCUGCAUUAUAUAGUUUUUUUUAAAUUUAAGGCAUUUCUUUUAAUGCUGCACAUUUGCAUGUAUAACUGUGACUUGUGGCAGUGCUAAUGGCUUGUUGAUACAGCUUAAAGGUACAAGUAGAUCGACACUACAUCUCCCCAUAGAUUCCCAUUGUAACUUUUACCUCAAAACUGCUUCCAGUGUACAGAAGGACAGUCCUCCUCUGCAUGCCAAACCUGUUAAAGUUGCAGCCUGUAAUAACUUGACAAUAUCCCUGUCCUCAGAACCAGUGCAGUGACUGCUCCAUGGACAGAGGUUAGGGAUAAGAAAAACGCACAACAGCUGGAAGUUCUUAACCACUCAGUCAGUGCUGAAGGAGGCAGUGGGUUAAUGAUGGCAGAAAUGUUCAUGUUCAGUGUGGAGUCUCUCUCCCCCCCCCCCCACCCCCCAGUCAAGAAUCUGGACUUUUUGUUCCAAUGCCACUCUCCGUGCUUUCCCCGUUGUUUGUUUUAUGGUUGAGCAUCGUCCAUUGUUUGAGAAGAAUAGGACUGAAGCCACGGUGCCCAUACUGACGAGCAGCAGUAGUUACUGAGACAUUGCCUCGUGAUGUAAUGCAGCUAGCUCCGCCCAGAAAGCCCUG